AUGGGUCACCCACUGUACUUCACGUUUGACGAAACAAUCUACGAGCAGGUCGAGGGAAAACCAAUGGACUCGCCGAUUUCGGUAUUCGUCGUCGAGGCAGUCCUAAAACGGCUGGAGUCGCAGGUCAUGCAACACCACAGACCGAUAUUCUGGGCUCGGUAUGUGGACGAUACCUUCAUCGUCAUCGAACGGGAUCAGGUACUAACGUUGAAAGAACGUCUCAGCAAAGUCUUCACGAGCAUACUUUUUAAGAUGGAGGAGGAAGAAAACAACCAGCUGGCCUUCCUUGAUGUCGUCGUCUGUCACAAGGAUUGUGGUGGCCUAAAGACCGAAAUGCUCAUGAAAGCGACGAACACGGCGCCAAUACUGAACUUCAACAGCAACUACCCAAUCAGCCAAAAACGCAGUUGCGUAAGCACGCUACAUGGACGUGUUCAGACGCACUGCAGUGAACCGGAAGUAAAGGUAGCUGAAUUUCAAUAUCUUCGACUGGUUUUUAGAGAAAAUGGUUACCCGUGCAACUUUGUCAACCGGUGUAUGCGCAAACGAGACGAGCGACACAACCUUACCGACCCUAAAUUCUGGCGAGCGAUCCAGUGUAUCAAGAACGUCUCCGAGGCCGUUAGUCGCCUUCUCGCACCACUUGAGGUUGGAGUUGCACACAGACCGGAGACCCCCAUAAAGCGUCAGAGGUGA